AUGGGUCAUUUUUGCAUACUUGAAAACAUGUGGUGUUCCCUGAUAAUUUUAGCAAUACUUGAGUGAAGAAGUAUGAGAUAGUUGAUGUACAAUAAACUCAAUAUCCAAUCAAGACAUGCCACUUGUCAUUUUUUUUUUGACAAACCUACAACAAUAUCCCUCUUUGCCUCCGUCUCCUAUCCUUCUCUUCCAACAAUACGCGAAGAAGAAUACCAUCUCCCUUCGUCGAUUCAUCGUGCCACUUCUUCUUCAAAUACGAAAUGGAUCCCCCACCUCCCUCCCAACAGCAUCUCCGCUCUAAAGAAAAUGAUAGCGAAAAUAACCCCCAAAUGUUUUCUUCCAAUCCUAUCCAAUGGCCAACUGAAUUCCCUUUCGCCUCGCCCUCAAUGCAUCCCGCUCAAGCAGCAGCGUUUGCACAAUUCUAUCAACAACAAUUUCUCACACAUCAUAAUCCUUUCAAUAACUUCUUAGGAGGUGUUUCCAACACCGAAUACCAACCAGUAGAUCCUCAUUCCUCCUCGUGCCCCAACACACAUACUAAUACAGUAGUUAACCAUUCAUACUCUGAAGCCCAACCCCCUUCAACUCAAAAUACUUCACGUUCCACACAAGCUACAAACCGAAAAUCCCCAAACUGGAAAAUUAAUGAGGAUGUGGCACUAUGUCAAUCUUGGAUUCGUAUUUCUGAGGACCCAAUUGUGGGGAAUGGUCAAGCUCAUGAUGCUUGCUGGUUAUCCAUUUGGAAAGAAUUCAAACAGGGUGUGCAUGGGACAGAACGUCCCCAACGGGCUUGUGAGAAUAGAUAG